AUGACUCGCGGAGUGGAGCAUAUCAAUCCCGACCCAGACAUCAUCCCAGCUCGCGUCAAUAUCCAUCAUCUCCAGCUCCGUGACCUUCUUCAACCGACUGGCAUCAAAGACAAGGUCCUGUUCGUCAGUCGACUCCAAGUCGAGCAAGCUGAUUUCACUACCCUCAAGCAGCCUUCCACCUACUGCACACUUGACUUCCAGCCCAACUGUCUUGCUACAGGAUGCGGUCUCCUCGCUGCGGGCGGUCAACACGGUGAGCUUGCACUUCGGCCUCUACACUCUCCUGUCUCUUCAGUAUCGCAUCUUCAGCUCGAUCCAUCCUAUGGCGGAGAGAGGCCACCAGCACCAUGGCUCUUGCGCACACCAACAGGAGGUUCAAUCAACAAUGCCAUCGCCAUUCAGCAUGAUCUCAAUCACCCAUCGAGCAGCCGUCUCUCUUCCUCCCAUACCUCAGGAUCAGCUUCUGCAACCCCAUCUAAAGCAGACAUUGUCGAUGCAAGCCCACCAUUCGACUCUCCUUCUCACUAUCACUGGGCAAGAGACGAGCCUUGCUCUUCGAGCUAUGUCGCCAGACCAGGUCUGCUCUUUGGUGACCAAGAGAUGCAGUCUGAACUCUCACACAGUGUAUUCCAAGAGCUUGCAGCAGCAUAUGGCUUUGAUCCCUCCUCCGUCAACCGCAGUUCUCGUUGGCGUAGCUCUCCGGCCACUCGUGCAGCCGCCACUUCCUCCUCGGCAACGAUCAAGAGCUCCCAACCAGCUUUCAGCCCCAACGCAGCCCCAAUCAAAGUCAUGGUCUGCAAUAACGAUCAAUCGAUCAAGCUCUACAAGCUUCGUCCGCCCAAACACCACCUGCACAGCAUCAACAACCGCAUCGAAUCUGGUCUUCCCGGUCUCUCACGCAAUACCACCCUUCAUUUCCCUACGGCGAUCAACCAUUCUUCCCUCAGCCCUGAUCAACGCACCCUAAUUGCAGUUGGGGAUACACCCGACGUCUUCAUCCACAGUGUCGCGCGUUCGGGGGAGCAUGUGAAAGUUGCGACCUAUAGUGCGAGUAGUGAUGCGUGUUUCAGUACAACUUGGUCUCCUGAUGGGAGCAAAUUUGCGGUUGCUAGUCAAGACGGUAUCGUUUCGGUAUGGGAUGUUAGGAGUAGUACAAGGUUGGCCGCUGUCAGUACGAGUCAAGCUAGUGUGGCGAGUGGGAGUGGAGCUGCGAGGGUGGUAAAGUUUUCGCCCUGUGGCAGGUUUUUAGCGUUUACAGAGCAUAGGAACCAUUGGGGUAUAACCGACACGGUCACUUUUCAAGAGACGCAGAGGCUUGUUGCUCCCCAAUUGUCCAGUGUUUAUCCAGGAGAAGGCUGGAAUAGUGCAAGCAGGCCUGCAAGUAUUGAGGAUAGGUUUAGCUUGUUGACUGGCGGAGCAGGUGUGCAAGAGACGAUUGCGAGGGAUAGGGAGAGAAGGUCUAUGAUUCAUGCCACUUUUAUGCGCGAGUGGAAUCGAGCCAUCAAUCUUGUCGAUAGAGGUCCAGAAUCUGCCUCAUCCGUUAUUAACCCUUUCUCUACCGCUUCUGGCAAUACCGCUUCCAUCACAGCCAGUGCCGGUAGUAGAGGAUCUAACUACUUCCCAGACUGGCUAACAAAUCCAACCUCCACCACAUCCGUCGAAAGCAGCAUCCGAAGGAGGGAAGACCUUCUCGCUGCUGCUCUCACACAAGGUGGUGCAGGAUAUAGACCUUCCUCCACUUUCGAGGGUCAUACUUGUUCCUCUUCCACCAACAUCUCUGGGUUGUGUUGGGAUCCUGAUGGAGAAUCCGUUUUCGUUUCAACGGAGAGAGUUGUUGCAAAGUAUAAUGUUAACGAUACCAGACUUUCUUGCUCUAACGCUACACUGCUCUAA